AUGGAUAAAUCUUUUAGAAAGUAUGAGAAACAAAAAUCAAUUCUCUUUCCAAACGACGGACAGCACUUUGCCAAUAAAAAGGCGAAUACUGUAGAUGUUGAACUUGUUCCUAAAAAUCGUAUUUCGAUCUCUCAACUACAAAUUGAUAAAGUUCAUAUUGGUAAAUUUUUGUUGUGUCGUGUAAUCACGAGAUGCGCAAAGUCAACAGCGCUUGCCAUGGUUAUUGAAGAUCCGGAAGGUGAAGCGGAAUUUUUAGCUUUAUAUAAUUAUAUUCCAGUCAAUAAAAUUCCACCUAAAGGUUUAUCAGUAGAGCAAGCAUCUCGAUUUCUUCCAAUCAGCACCGUCCUUGCAAUUCAAAACCCAUAUUAUAAGGUUGGCCAAGACGCACAAACUAUGCUUCGCUCCGAUAAUCCAAAUGAGAUCGUGAUCAUAAAGUCGAAUGAUAAAUUGCUUACCCAAGUUAAAUGGAAAACAAACAUCGAGUUAUCUAAGACUUCGGGGAUUGAAACAUCAAAAGUUUUAUCGGCUGAUGAUUUUCGUAUACGUGGAAAUGAAUACUUCGGAAAGAAAGAUUUUGUGUCUGCUUUUGAUGAAUAUUCACACGGAAUUAAACUAGAUCCACAAAAUGUGACGCUUUAUGCUAAUAGGUCGGAGGUACACUUUCGUUUGAGCCAAUUCAAAGAAGCACUCGACGACGCUGAAACAGCUUUAAAGAUUGAUCCCAAACAUCUAAAAGCUGCAAUUCGUAAGGGUAAGACACUGAUGCAUCUCAAACGAUACGCUGAGUCAGUAAACACGUUUUACACACUUCUUAAAGAUGAAGUUACACGUGAAAUUGACUUUGGAACUAAGGAAUGGGUUCAUCUGGGAGGGCCGAGGUUAGAUCAUGCAGAUUAUGUAAGCAACGCAAUCGAGAUCAAACAAGUCGGAGAAAAGGGUCGUGGUUGGGUUGCAAAUAAUGAUAUUCCACAACAUACCCUAUUAAUGGUUUCAAAAGCUUUUGAGAUUGUAUUUAAUCAAGAAACUCGUACGUGCAUGAAUAUUAAUUUUAGCACAAAAAUUAUGAAUGAGGCUACAAGUACAGAACUACUUACAUCGAUUGUCCAAAAACUUCGAGCUGAACCAACACUUGCUCGAGAGAUCUAUGAUCUCUACGCCGGACCAGAAUCGAUUCAUACCGCGAGUUCUGAAAAAAUUUCUUCAAAGAGUAUGAAUGUAGAAAGAAUUGAAAAAAUAAUAUUUUAUAAUGCGUUUCAGUCAGAAUUUUUUUGGAAAAUUUUUAAUCAAAAAACAGAUCAUGGUUGCUUUGGAUCUGGUAUAUGGAUAAAACCCUCAUAUUUAAAUCAUUCGUGCAUCGACACGAAUGUACAUAGAAUAUUCUUGGGCGAUUUGAUGUUUGUGCGCGCUCAACGCCCGAUUAAAAAAGGAGAAGAAUUGAUUUUAUCUUAUAUGGAUCCGGUAGAACCAUUUGAAAAGCGUACAAAAACUCUUCAACAAUUUGGCAUAAAUUGUCAAUGUCGUCUUUGCAAAUUGGGGCGAGCUGAAUCAAACAAAGUAAAGCAGCUACGCGUAAAGAUCCAGGAGCGCUUUGACUCUGACACACCACUUCAGUUUGAAAGAGUUUUGCUUGAUUCAUUGAUUGCAGAAUUAGAAAGUAUAAUUGAGGAGUUUGAAUCUCUCAGACCUAAAAAUUACGACCUGGAUUUCUCGUUAAUGGAUGUCAAAUACGCGCUAUCUAUUGCAUAUCAUAUAAACGGAAAAUUCACAAAAUCCAUAACCAUUCUUGAGCAAUUGCAUCACCUGGCAAAAAAGCAUAAUCUUUUUCAUAUUUCGUUUCGACUUUCUUCUUUAUUGGCUAUUUCAUAUACGCUUACGGCAAAAGUUGAUAAAGCAAAGGAAUUUUUUAAAUUAGCCUUACAUGAGAUGAUUGCGCCAAUUAUCGGGAAUUUUGAUGUUAGUGAUAGUCAAAUUAGAUCAGAUGUUUUGCUUAUUGCGGAAAAGCUUAAUAUGCCUUAUAUAAAUGAAGCAAAGUUAGCUGGAUUGAUGGAGUUGAUUUAA